AUAUAUUCUAUUAUCAAGCAGUUGGACCACUGUAUGCAGAAGGACCAGAAAAGCAAGAAGAAAAUAUGAUCUAUCCUUACGAGCUUAAGUCGUCGUAUGCAGAGCAACCAGAAAAUACAGGAGAUAAUAUAUUCUAUUCUCAAGCAGUUGAACCACUGUAUGCAGAAGGACCAGAAAAGCGAAAAGAAAAUAUGGUCAAUUCUGAUGUACUUGAGCCAUUAUAUGUAGAGCAACCAAAAAAUACAGGAGAUAAUAUAUUUCAUUCUCAAGCAGUUGGACCACUGUACACAGAAGAAAAGCAAGAAGAAAAUAUGGUCUAUCCGUACAAGCUUAAGUCGUCGUGUGCAGAGCAACCAGAAAAUACAGGAGAUAAUAUAUUCUAUUCUCAAGCAGUUGAACCACUGUAUGCAGAAGGACCAGAAAAGCGAGAAGAAAAUAUGGUCAAUUCUGAUGUACUUGAGCCAUUAUAUGUAGAGCAACCAGAAAAUACAGGAGGUAACAUAUUCCAUUCUCAAGCAGUUGGACCACUGUACGUAGGAGGGUUAGAAAAACGAGGAGAAAAUAUAGGAGAAAAUAUCUAUCCUUGCAUGCUUAAUAAGUCAUCGUAUAUAGGGCAACCAGAAAAUAGAGGGAAUGUAUUCAAUCCUCAAGCAGUUGAGUUAAUGUAUGUUGGAACACCAGAAAAGCGAGAAGAAAGUAUGGUCUAUCCUAACGUACCUAUGCCAUUAUAUGCAGGGGUACCAGGUGUGAUUGAUGUGAAUAUAAUCAAUUGUUUCGUACUUGUGCCAGUGUGUGCAGGGAGGCAAGUAAGGCGAGAAGAAAGUAUUGACAGUAUUGUCUAUUCUAAUGUACCUAUACCAUCAUAUUCAGGGGGACCAAUGGUCUAUCCUAACGCACCUAUGCCAUUACAUGCAGGGGAACCAGAUGUGAAUAUAAUCAAUUGUUUCGUACUUGUGCCAAUGUGUGCAGGGAGGCAAGAAAACCGAGAAGACCGUAUUGUUUAUUCUAAUGUACCUAUACCAUCAUAUUCAGGGGGACUAGAAAAGCAAGAAAGUGCGGUCAAUCAUUACGUACGUGAGCCAUCGUAUCGUGCAGAGGAAUCAGAAAAGAGAGGAGAGAAUAUAUUCAAUCCUCAAGCAGUUGUGCCACUGUAUCCAGGAGGACAAGAAAAGCGAGAAGAAAGUCUGGUCUAUCCUGGAUUUGUGCCAUCGUACAUAAUGGAACCAGAGAAGAGAGAAAGAAAUAUGUUCAAUUCUAACGUAUCUAUACCAUCAUAUCCAGGGAGACUAGAAAAGCGAGGAGAAAGUGCGAUCAAUCAUUACGUACUUGAGCCAUCGUAUUGUGCAGAGGAACCAGAGAAGAGAGGAGAGGAUAUAUUCAAUCCUCAAGCAGUUGAGCCACUGUAUCCAGGAGGACUAGAAAAGCGAGAAGAAAGUAUGGUCUAUUCCGGAUUUGUGCCAUCGUACACAAUGGGACCAGAGAAGAGAGGAGGAAAUAUGUUCAAAUCUAACGUCCCUGAGCCAUGCCCAUCGUGUGCAGGGGGACUAAAAAAAAGAGAAGAGAAUGUGAUCAAUCCUUGUGCAAUUAACCCGCUGCAUGUAGGCGGAACAGAAGAGCGAGAAGAAAAUAUGAUCGAUUGGUUACCCCUUUCCAAUGACGUGACCAAACUCAACCAUAGCAUCAAGAAGUAUUAUAAUAGCUUACAUAUUAAUGAAGAAAACAAUUUGAUAAAAAAAGGAUUUAUGGAUAAACAAAAAGACCCUACAUAUAAAAAGAUGCAAGAAGUACGAAAAAAACUUCCUGUAUGGUCUCAAAAGAACGAAAUUUUGGAAGCUAUACAUAAGAAUCAAGUUGUUAUCAUUUCUGGUGAAACUGGAUGUGGUAAAAGCACUCAGAUACCACAGUUUGUUUUGGAUGAUUGGAUUAUUAACGGUAUAAUACAGAAUGGAGAUAAUGCGCAUAUUAAUAUAAUGUGCACUCAACCUCGUAAGAUAAGUACUAUAGUACUUGCGGAAAGAGUAGCAGCUGAGAGAAUCGAAAAAAUAGGUGAUACAGUUGGAUAUCACGUACGCCUAAAAAAAAAAUUGUCGAGUAGGACGCGAGUGACGUUUUGCACCAUAGGGAUACUACUGCAGCAAUUAAUGGGGGAUCUUAAUUUAACGGAUAUAACUCACGUUGUAAUCGAUGAAGUGCACGAAAGAAAUGCUGAAAGUAAUUCUCUACUAAUGCUUCUCAAGGAUUUGUUACCGAAGAGGCCGUCGUUGAAAAUAAUACUGAUGAGCGCGACGAUCAAUGCCGAGGUGUUUUCCUCGUAUUUCGAACAUGCGCUAGUCUUAAAUAUUCCAGGAACUUUCUUCUCAGUGAAGCAGAUCUUUCUCGAGGACGCGCUCGAAGAAACGGGAUACAUUCUCGACGUAGAUUCUAAAUAUAUUUGCAGGCACAAGAAGAACAAAGAGGUGCUUUUUAAGAGACAUUAUACUGAUUUGAAUAUUAAAAUCGGAGGCACCGUCGAUUGUAUUGCUGAGAAAUCUACUAAGGACGAGGACUUGACGAUGACGCAACUUAUUAAUAGAUAUCCUAAUCGUUCCAAACAAACGUAUAAAAAUUUGUACCUUAUGAAUUACGAUAAAAUUAAUUAUGAUCUAAUAGAACAUAUCUUGGAGUGGAUUAUUACUGGAGAACAUAACUAUCCCAAAAAGGGUUCUAUUUUAAUAUUCUUACCAGGCUUGUAUGAAAUAAUUACAUUGAUGGAACAGUUGGAGGGAAACUUUAUUCUAUCAAGGAAUGAAAUCAUGAUUCUUCCGUUACAUUCGAGCCUUUCAAUUGAGGAACAGAGCCGCGUAUUUCAGAAAAUCGAAGGCGUUCGUAAAAUUGUGAUCAGUACAAAUCUGGCCGAAACGUCUAUCAUUAUAGACGAUUGCGUUUUCGUGAUCGAUUCGGGAAGGAUGAAGGAAUCCAGAUUUAAUUCGGACAAAAACGUGGAGUGUUUGAAGACCUGCUGGGUGACGCAAGCGAAUGUCGUGCAAAGGAAAGGCCGCGUGGGUCGAGUAACGCCCGGAGUAUGCAUUCAUUUAUACACCUCGCAUAGAUACGAACAUUUCGCUGCACGUCCGGCACCAGAAAUACUAAGAGUUUCUUUGGAAUCGCUACUCCUACAUAUCGCGCUUAUGCACGGAGGGAGGAAAGUGGAUAUGUACGCGAUAACGCAGAGAAUGCUGGAUUCACCGUCGCACCACCAGGUUACGGGCACGAUAAAACGUUUGCAGAAUGUCGACGCGUUCGAUUCGGAAUGCAAGUUAACGUCCCUCGGUCAUCUUUUAGCCAAGUUACCUGUAGACGUAGGAAUUGGAAAGUUGAUAUUGUGCGGCGCGAUCUUUUGUUGCUUGGACUCCGUGCUUACCAUCGCCGCGUGCAUGUCGCACAGGAGCCCGUUUAGCGUAUCGCUUGAGUCGAAAGAAAGAGUCGAUUCUAAGAUAAAAUUCUUCAAGGAGAACUCCGACCACCUGACCAUUCUUCAGGCUUACAGGGAAUGGCAAAAUAUUACGUAUGAGGAAGGUAAAAAGGCCGGUAUAAAGUUUGCCAAAGAAAAUUUUUUGUCCGUACAUACGCUGUACACCUUAGUGGGCCUGAAGUAUCAAUUUUUGGAGCUGCUGGUAUCGAGCGGUUUCGUGCAUAUCGAUUUACCGAGGAGGCAGCCUAACAUCGACAAUAUUUUCAUAAUUACCGGAAAGGAACUGAAUAAAAACAAUUCGAACGACAAGCUGUUGCAGGGUCUUAUCUGCGCGGCUUUGUAUCCCAACAUCGCAAAGCUCAAAGAGGAUCAAACUAAUGCAAACUUCGACCCGCAGAAUACCGUGUUCGAGACGCAAGGCGGUGAUAUUGUCAAAAUCCAUCCGUCGUCCGUGAAUUUUCAUGCCAAAUCCUUCUCAAGUCCGUUUCUGGCGUACCAGCGGGAGCUCAAGACCAGCCAAGUUUUCAUCUUGGAGGUGUCCAUGAUCCCAGUUUUGGCUGUAAUACUAUUCUCUGGUCUCCCGAAUUUCCAAAACUCACCCGAUGGAAAUUUUAUUAUUUCUCUGAAUCAUAACUGGCUUACAUUUACAAUGGAUGCGGAGGUAGGAAACCAUUUGGCAUUUAUGAGAGAGAACUUGGCGAGAUUGUUAACGGCCAAGAUGAGAAAUCCUCUGUUGGACUUCACAAAAGGUGAAAAAAACAAAAAAAUUAUAGAUAGAAUCGUACGUGCGGUUACAAAUUGGUAGGCGAAUAUUAAAGCCUGUCAUCCCAUGUAUUAUACCUUGAUUUCAUAAAGGGGAUUGAACAUUAUGAGUAAAGAGACAAUGAGGUAAAAGGAUAAUCAGUUUUGGGAACUAUUUCCCUUAUAGAUAUUAAAAACGCAUUAAGUACAAAUUUUAAAACUAUUUUUUUAAUUAAUAUUACUAUUAUUAUAUAUUUAAAAAAUUUUGUAUGGUUGAUGACUGGGUAGCCCAAAAUCCUUAUGAAAAUAGUUCUCUGACGUACGUUCACGUCUACUUUCGAAUCUUUCUAGUCAUUUACAGCGAAUUCGAGCGCUUGCACUAGUGCAUACUGAAUGCGCACAAACGCUUAUUCUUAAUCACAAUUGUUAUAUUUACAAAUCAUCUUAAAUAUUUCUUAGCCUGUAAAAUUAUUUGUACAGUAUCCAUACAGAUAUUACAGAUUGUUUUAUUAGCUAAAAAAUUUGUAAAUAUGUAUUUAAGCGACUUUAAUCACUUUAAAUUUAUAAGAAUAGAUUAUAAACAAGCCUUAGUGCGCACUCAGCGUGCGCUAGUGCGAGCGCCCGAAUUCGCUAUUAGAAUUCGACCAUUAGAGAAGCAGCGCAUAUCUUUCUGCGCCAUACAAUCGCUAACUAAUUAUUACACUUAAGGGGAAAGAGUAGAAAUGUAGAAUAAAU